CUUAGAAAACAGUAAUAUGCUAUUCAUUCGUUUUUUUUUAAAUCAAUAAGUUUAAAGUAUCAACGUACUCCUAUGAAAUCGUUCUAGAAAUCAUUCAUGACUGGUUUGGCAGACCUGUUCCUAUUGGUCAUGUUGAACUUUUUCUUAAAUCAACCACAUCCUGAAAAACCUGACGAAUCAAUAGUUGUGGAAAACGUAGAAAAGGCUCCAGACAUUCCGAAAGCGAAACAGAACAGGUGGAGGGCCUUACGAUUUGAUGCUAAACGCAAAUGUAUUGUCUUGUCCAUCGUACAAAUGGUGAUUUCCGUAAUAUAUUGCGUUACACCGUUAAUUGAUAUAUUCUAUUUUAGCGAAUAUUUUGUUAGGCGGAUGGGAAUAUUUCUAGGGACUUUUCUGGUGCCGACAAUGGUGACUGUGAAUACUUUGCUAUAUAUUCUAGAUAUAUUCAUGCAAGGGUUCUUCUUGUACGCAGUAAAAGAGGCGAAUGUACGCUACGUUCAAAUAGUAACAGUUUAUUCGGUAUUUUCGCCGUUGUUGGAAGCGACAAGAGUGAUUAUUUGCGUCAAUUUCGAAUUCAUCGCGGAGGUUUUGGCAUUCAGCUGUGCAUUAUUGUAUAGGUUGCUAUUUCUGUCCACCCUGCAUCAUUACCGGAGGACUCUUUCCACUUGUCAGGCCCCCUUCCUUCAGGAAUGAUAUUGCCAAAAUACAAAAAUGGAAAAAGGAGAUAACACAUUUGUCAGUUGCUAUUUUAAAUUUAUCUUAUAAUAUUUAAAGAUUAUAAUUAAAUAAAAUCAGUAAAAGGAAUAUAAAUUAAAAAGAGGUCGAA